CAAAUACCAGCAAAGGGCUAUGUGAAAGAAUUCACUUGGCAUUCUCUCAAAACAUGCAUUAUGAUGUUCAAAUUAUUACUAAUCAUUAACUUUACAUUGACAUUUCGUUAUUUAGCAGAUGCAUUUUAUCCAGAGAAUAGUUUUGUAGACAAUAAAAUGUAUAACACUUUUAAUUCAUGGUUAGUAUUGGUGACAUUGAAUGGUUGCUGAUCAUUCACACACUUCGUUCAUUCAGUACAUCUCAGGGAAACACACACACAUUCCUAAGGGAAAUUAGUGGAGCUAAUCCAUGUAAAUUCGCACACCUCCCAUCAAGUUUUGUGUGUGUGUGUGUGUGUGUGUGUGUCACUUUGGGCUGUAAUUGUGUUGAUGGUAACUGACCGGUCCAGCUGAGGGGAGUUAUUCACCAAUACAUAUCAGUUCAGUUUUGGUUUUGUGUGUCACAUGAUGGGUCACCAUCCAUGAAGAGAUGUUAAAAAGGCAGUCCAAUAUCUUCUGAGAGACUCAUAAGUUAAGUGGUGGGGUGGGGAAAGAAAAAGCCACGAGAUCUGAUCACAGUGAGAACAUAAGCAGACCAAGAAUGAACCAAGAAGGCAAAGUUGAAUUAUGUUCUCCUUCCACAGAGAGCAUAAUCAUUGCUGGGAUUCAAACUGUUAUGAUGAUGGAUCUAAAGCUUUUCUGUAGCACUUUUCUGUAGAUUAAGUGUUAAUCUAUUUAAGUAAAGACCUGGAAGAGUUUAAAAGUUGUGGAUUUUAUCACAUUAUAGUACUUUUAAUGAAAAAGUAUUAAUUCAUAUAAUAACCUGAAAAAGUAUGUGUAUAUAAUAUAAAGAGAGAGAGAGAGAGAUGGAAAAAUCUAUUAAUUCUAGGCACUAUUUCAUCUUCAUGGUACUACAGGUUGAUGUCAUUACUUCUGCAUUCAGGAAUUUCCCCACUGAAAAAAAACAAACCUUCCUUCAUUCUAAACAGUGCUAACUUUUAUAGGGUGAUGUUUCUCCAUUCGUAUGCACAGAGUUAUGUAGUGAUUAUAAAACCAGUCAAUCCACAUUUUCAAAAUCCUCUCAGCGUACAUCAUUUAAAACCAAUGGAAACUGGUGAUGUUCUUAUGCAACGCACACCUGUGACAUACAUGGAAACAGACCUGUUAUACCAGUCAUCAACUCCACCUACUCUAGGUCUAAAAUAUAAGUCUUGUGUUUUUGAGUGGUGGAUUGUUUCAUGAUCUACAGGUCACCUCAGACUUCUGUCCCCACCAUGGCUGCAUCCAGCUGUGCUCCAGAUGACUUUUCAUGCCCUGUGUGUUUGGAAAUACUGUGUGACCCAGCGACGCUUGCUUGUGGUCACACCUACUGCCUUCGGUGCAUCCAGAAGCACUGGGAUAAAGCUUCUGCAAAGGGCCAGUACUCCUGUCCUCAGUGUAGACAGGUGUUCAAACCCAGGCCCUCUCUGGGAAGAAACAACAUGCUGAUGGAAGCCAUGAAGAAACUGAGAGUAGGAGAACAGGACAAGUCCUCACCCAUGUGUUCUUCACUAACUCCAUGUGCUGUCGUGUCGGUGAACCCUUCUCUCCAGCCAGCAGCAGGAAUGUCUGAUGGAGCUACAGUACCUGAUGUAAAAACAUCAGUGCAGGGGGGAUUAUAUCCUCAGCUUCCUUCCACUUCAAUCAAGCUGUGUCCAUUACACAAACAGGUGUUGGAGUUCUUUUGCUGUGAUGAUAAAGAGAGUGUGUGUGAUGAAUGUAGCCUCGUACAACAUAAGGGCCAUCGAGUGGUGCAUCCAGAUGAAGAAAAGGAGCAAGAGGUGUCAAAAAAGAAAGCAAAGAUACAAAGAAGUAUUCAAGAAAGAGAGAGGUUGAUCCAGACACUACCACAGAUUUUUCAAGCUAAAAAGACUGCCAUUCAGGGGCUACAGGCAGAGAAUCUGCAGGUUUUUGAUGAAGAAAUGAAGAGUUUGUUGUUGAUGAGAUCACAAGUAAUGGAACUCCUUCAAGCUUAUGAGGCCUCCAGUUAUAAUCGUCUAGAGAGCCACCGCUAUAGACUACAGGAGGAGAUCAGCCAACUAUACAAAGAAGAUGAAGAGCUAAAAAGACUAACCAACUCUCAGGACUCCAUUCAAUUCCUAAAGACACUUGACACCACAGAUGGUGAAGAUGUGGUUGGAAAUGCACAGCUGGAGAUCUUACCCCCAGAGUCAGUAGAGUCUGGGAUCAGAUUAGCUCUUGGUGCUUUCAGAGAGGGGCUGCAUGACCUUUGUAAAGGAGGCUUGGCCAGUAUCUUCAGAGUUGUGAAUGAUGCAGAAAAAAUGGCAACAGUACUUAAUGCUCAGGCAUCAGAGAAAUCCCCCAAUCCCAAUAAUUUGCAGGCUGCUUCUCAAAAUACAGCUCCUGAAAUGACACCUGCAUCUAACAACAGUGACGACAAACCUAAAACCACAACACUUCAGCAUCCUGCAGCUUCCUCUCCAAAUUUGGAGAAGAACUUGACUUCCAUAAGUAUGGAAAUUCCAACACCUGAAUCAAGAGAGGAAAUGCUGAAAUUCCGCUUUGAGCCCACAUUGGACCGCAACAGUGCUUAUCGUCACAUCCGCUUGUCUGAUGGAGAUCGCAAGGCCACUCUGCGUGCAGAAAAUCAGAAUUACCCAGAGCACACUGAACGCUUUGUCUACUGGAGACAGGUCAUGUGUCGGGAGCCUUUGGCAGGAAGUCCUUACUACUGGGAGGUGGAAUGGACAGGACAGAAGGUCACUAUUGGUGUAACCUAUAAAGAGAUUGGGCGCUCCACAGCGGAUGACCGCUCCAGACUGGGCCAUAAUGAGUACUCAUGGAGCCUGUACUGGUCAGGCACAGCCUUCUCUCUGUGGCAUGCAGGAAAGGAAACUGUGCUAGCUGCUCCUAAAGGCCGGCGCAUCGGGGUCUAUGUGGACCAGCAGUCAGGUGUGCUGGCCUUCUACAGGGUCUCUGACAACCAGGCCCACCAGAUCUGCUGUGUCCAAACUGAAUUUAGGGGAGCUCUCUACCCUGGGUUCCGUUUCUGGACUGGUGUGGGUUCUACCAUCAACAUUUGCCAGCUGGGCUGAGUGAUUUAAGAUCCUUAUUUGGACCUAUUUGACUGAUGCUGCACUGUUUAUGACUCUUAUUUUCUUUCUCAGUUAAAUGUUAAAAGUACAAAGACUUAUGACUUUCAUGUGAGUGAAAUUAAUUCACCACUAGAUGUUGCUACAGGCAUACGAAUCACAGAGACAUUUCCUAUGUAAAAAAAACCCCCAAAACCCUCAGGAAUAGAUCACUCCAUCUGUGGCUAUUUCAUGGUUUAUAAAGUACAAGGGUGUGGUGCUGGUGUAAUUAUUGGAAACAACUCAGACGGGAUGACAAAUUAAAGGAAAAAAAUGACCGAACAUUCUUUAGAAGAUGUGGGGUCACCACGAGCUGCCAGAAUAGCUUCAGUGCAACAUGGCACAGAUCCUACAGGUCUCUGUAACUGAACAUCAUUCUUCCAAAAGAUAUUGCAAUUGCAGAAUGUCUCCACCCUUCUGUAUGAAUACACAACCUACUUAGUGGCUGCUUUAACUUAAACGUGUUUGGUAUAUGAAGUUAAACUGAUGAAUUUGUCUGGAGUUUUGGUUUGAUGAGCCUUUAAAUAAUAAAUAAGUACUUCAUUUAUAUGCUUUUACAUUACAAAACCACCUCUCAUAUGAACUCCAGCAAACGUUCACUUCUUGCCACCAACAUAAUUAUUUUUUAUAGAAUAUUAUUAAUAUUUCAUCAGAUAAUUCCAAAAACAGAAAAAAUCAUAGAUUUUGUAUCAGUCUUCAUGUUCUGUUGGUAUCUCAUUUGAUUUCUUCCUGUAUUUUUGCACAUUUAGGCUUUGGUCUCUGGUCUAUUUUCACUGUUCUCCCUAUGCAACAUUUGGGCUUGUCCUGAAAUCAAGUACACAGAAAAUGUUUAAAGUACCUCUGAACUUAAAGAUAUGAUUUUUGAAUAGUUACUUUUUGGAUGGCAGAUUAUACAGAUACAGUAUAACACAGUACAAAAGUCAUACAAUAAGUUCAUGAUGGUUUGAGCCUAUCAUAGUCCAAUAUUCCAUUUACUUGGGAAGAAGGUUAUUUAGCCCCAUAAACUAGCUAAUUUACUAAGCUAAUUUUACUAAUGUCAUUGAACACUGAAUAUAACAAAAUUGUGUUAUUUUGUAGAGUUUGGGCUACUGGUAAAUAAAUCAGAAUAUGAAAACCAUAUUAGAAUAUGUCUCUCUGAAAAUUUGUGAGCUAUUUUAAUGGUUUUUACAUUAUUAUAUAAGCUAUACCAUAUAUUUACUUAUUCAUAUAUAUUCAUAGAUCCUGACAUUUUAAUAAAGGUCAGGAAGUAGAAAUGUUCCUAGACAUUUUUUAAACAUAAGUCAACAUGAAUCCAGGGAGUAACUGCAGUAGUACACAGUGUGCUCAGGAGUGUGUGUGUGUGGGGUCGGGGGGAUUUGAAAAACCUGUUAUUUUUGG